AAAUUCUAAUUUACAGAUCCAAGAGUCUCAGAAAACCCCUAAAGUCCCACAUAAUCUGGCACUGAGGUCGAGGCCACGGACUCCAGGGUGCAACCGAGCAGCUUCAGAUUCCUGCUGCUUCCCCUGGUGGUGAGGAGGCCCACACGUCAGGGACUCUGACUGCACCUCCGUGUAAGUGGGGUCCCCCCCACCCCUUGGAUGGUGACAGGGAUUGGUGACUAAUCAGGGAUGAGCGGAUCCAUGUGCAAGGCUCCGCACAGCGCCUGGCGCAGGGCUGGGACAGUGUGACAUGUGUGACGUGGCCAUGGCCGCUGGCCACGAGGAGCCCUGCUGCUUGGCUCUGGUCCGUCGGGAAGAUUCUGGAUCACAGAGUUUCCGAAUUGAUCCCGGUCUGGCAAGCGGGAAGGUGCUUGUGUGGACGGAGGAUGGUGUAUCAGCUUGGGGAGGCCCCCCAACAUCCCGACUUGGGGGUCCCCUGUCCCCAGCUGAUAGCCCCUAGCCAUCCUACCGGGCUCUGAAUCCAGAACUCCCGGGGCUGCUGGGUCACGGCGAGCCUGCAGCUGACACAGGGUUUCCUGAACCGAGUCACUUGCACCAGGAACUCCAGGGAGAGACGCGGAGGAGGAGGAAGAAAAUCAUCAGGCAACUGCAGGAAGGGACGCCACAGCUGGGUAUAAAGGCCACCGGGGAGGAGCCUCCAGACCAGCCUGUCCUCGUCCCCGACUCCACUCCAGCCCCACUCCACCAUGUGCCACACCAGCUGUUCUGAGGGCUGCCAGCCGGCUUGCUGUGUGCCCAGCUCCUGCCAGGUGUCCAGCUGCGUGCCCAGCUCUUGCCAGGUGUCCAGCUGUGUGCCCAGCUCCUGCCAGGUGUCCAGCUGUGUGCCCAGCUCAUGCCAGGUGUCCAGCUGUGUGCUCAACCCCUGCCAGGCAACCUUUUGUGUGCCCAGCUCCUGCCAGGUUUCCAGCUGUGUGCCCACCUCCUGCCAGGUGUCCAGCUGUGUGCUCAGCCCCUGCCAGGCAACCUUUUGUGUGCCCAGCUCCUGCCAGGUUUCCAGCUGUGUGCCCAGCUCCUGCCAGGUGUCCAGCUGUGUGCCCAGCCCCUGCCAGGUGUCCAGCUGUGUGCCCAGCCCCUGUCAGGUGUCCAGCUGCUUGCUCAGACCUUGCCAGGUGUCCAUCUGCGUGCCAAGCUCCUGCCAGGUGUCCAGCUGUAUGCCCAACUCCUGCCAGGUGUCCAGCUGCGUGCCCAGCUCCUGCCAGGUGUCCAGCUGUGUGCCUGUGAGCUGCAGGCCCGUUGUGUGCUUUCCAGUGAGCUGCAAGCCCGCCGUGUGCCUGCCUGUGAGCUGCAAGCCCAUCGUGUAUGUGGCCUCCUGCCAGUCCUCUGGCUGCUGCCAGCCCUCCCGCCCCACCCUGGUCUGCACCCCUGGCCCCUGUGGCACCCCUAACUGCUGUUGAGCUGUGGCCUCCUAGGACCCCCUCCUCCCUGCAAUCAGAAGUAGCUGCUCUGAGCUCCUACCAGGCAGCCCAGGCAUCAUCCACCUCAGACAUUCUGGACCCAACUGGAUCAUCUUCCAGCAAAGCCACUUGAUCCCCAUUAACCAGGCGGAGCGGGUUGCCCACUGGGUCCCCUGGCCCCGGCCUGGGUCACCCACACAGCACCCAGCUGGCUGGUGCAAGUGCCCAGGCUCUGCAGCCGCCCCCACGAGUCUAAUAAAUCCCGGAGCGUGUGCGAAUCCCC